AUGGAGAGGUCUAUAAAACUCCUUCAAGACGGAAAUCCAACAUGGAGUGUGGCAAAAGAAGUGAAGAAACUUGGAAUCGUUGCAGUCAGUAAUGCCCUCCCAGAAGACAUUUCAUCCCUGGCGGCAGAUCGUAUGCUUGUCUAUGCUGCAUUUGGAAAACUCAUUUGUGCUUUUGCUAAAAACAAAGAGGUUGUUCACACAUACAUAGGCCAUCAAGCUGAUGUGCACUUGCUGUUGCCUUUCGGAGAUCAUCUGAUUUCUGUUGACAAGGACAAUGUUGUCAUUAUUUGGGAUGUGGAGUCUGAGGACACAUAUCUGCAGAUUUCAUAUGACAAAGCAUCAUUUGAAGUCUCUGCUUUGAUGCAUCCGAGCACCUACCUGAACAAAAUCCUGUUUGGAAGCAGUCAAGGGAGUCUUCAGUUAUGGAACAUCAAAUCAAACAAACUCUUGUUCACAUUUCCUGGAUGGGCAUCUGCUGUUACUGUUCUUCAACAGGUUAGUCCUAUUACUUUCUUUAUUUUAUUCUUUACCCUGGAUACAUUUAAGAAAUACACAUAUGUGACCUAUCUGAGAGAAACUGCUCGUCAGAGUGACUGGGAUGGCAUUAUUGCAUGCCACCGUGGUUUCCUUGUGACUACGACAUGGAACUACCAGAAAGGCUCGAUUGGUGCCCACAAGCUGGAACCUGAACGCUUCAACAAGAACCGUAGCCUCAAUGUCCAUGCAACUGCUGUUGAUAUCACAUCCUGCGGGAACUUUGCAGUGAUUGCACUGUCUUCAGGACACAUUGAUGUGUACAACAUGCAGUCUGGAUUUCAUCGAGGGCAUUUUGGAAAGGACAAGGCACAUGCAGGGUCUGUUCGUGGGGUUUCUGUGGAUGCUCUGAACCAGUUGACAGUUAGUGUGGGAGCAGAUCGCCUUCUGAAAAUCUGGAGGUUCAAAUCCAAGGAGCUGUUACAUACACACAGCCUGCCAGCUGCCCCGGCAUUAUCUCUGCUUCACAGGGACAGUUUGGUCGACUGUUUCCUGGUAGAUGCAGCAGCCGUCAGUCUCAGUAUGUCCCCUACCGGGAACUUCCUGGCCUCUUCGCACGUUGAUGGUCUAGGUAUUUACUUAUG